AAGCGCAUAGUUAAACUACUUCUUGUUCUUGUUACGCGAUGGGAUCCUAAAUAAUCCGGGAAUUGCAGUCCAAAUCAAAGUAUUUAGCUGACGUUUUAUGAAUAUAAAUUAUUCAAAUAGAGGAAGAAAAAAGGAGAAAAAUAAAAUAAUAGAGCAUAUAGCACGCAUGGGGCGAGGAGAGAGAAAUGUCAAAUGCGAAGCUGUUUUUUAAUUCCGAAAUGAGGCGGUUGAUUUCCUUGGCUCUCCUAGCCCUUGUCUCGGUCUGUUGUGAUGGAGUUUGGGGUCUGCAGACUGAGUCGCUAACUCGGGAGCUCUUGGAAUCGACGAGGGAUGCGGAGUUCUUCGGCUGGUUGAAAACGGUUCGGAGGAGAAUCCACGAGUAUCCGGAACUUGCAUUUCAAGAGAAACGAACGAGUCAACUCAUUCGAGCUGAGCUCGACUCGCUAGGUAUUCAGUAUGAGUGGCCCGUCGCCGAAACCGGCGUGGUCGCCACGAUUGGCUCUGGCUCUGGCCCCUGCUUCGCUCUUAGAGCUGACAUGGAUGCCCUACCUAUUCAGGAAUUAGUGGAAUGGGAGCACAAGAGCAAAAUAGAUGGCAAAAUGCACGCUUGCGGUCACGAUGCUCAUGUCACAAUGCUGCUCGGAGCAGCUAAAUUGUUGCACAAGAACCGCCAUAAAUUGAAGGGCACCAUUAAACUUGUUUUUCAACCUGCGGAAGAAGGUCAUGCUGGUGCCUACCAUAUGAUAAAGCAAGGAGCUCUGGAUGGAGUUGAAGCCAUUUUUGGCUUACACGUUGAUCCGACUCUGCCAACUGGGACUGUAUCCUCCAAACCUGGUCCGAUGCUUGCUGGAGCAGGCCGAUUUAAGGUAGACGUUCAAGGGAAAGGCGGGCAUGCAGCAAGCCCCCAUAAAACGACAGAUCCAGUUCUUGCUCUUGCUAUGGUGGUUCUUGCACUCCAACAUAUUAUUUCGCGAGAGACUGAUCCUCUCGAGUCAAGAGUGGUCUCGAUUGGAUAUGUACGAGGUGGUGCGGCAUCAAAUGUUAUACCAGAGACCGUUGAGUUUGGUGGAACUUUCCGGUUCUUGGAUUCUGAAAGCCGUUCCUACCUUAAGCAAAGGAUUAAAGAGGUGAUAGAAGCUCAAGCAGCAGUUCAUCAAUGUAUUGCUGUGGUUGAUUUCAUGGAGGAGAAGCUGAUACCGUAUCCUGCAACCAUCAACCAUCCUGUUAUGUAUGAGCACGCUAAAAUGGUCGGAGAGAGCUUGCUCGGGGAGCACGGCGUGCAGCUCCAACGGAUGAUGAUGGGAGCUGAGGACUUCAGCUUCUAUGCAGAGAAGCUGCCUGCAGCAUUCUUUAGUAUCGGAGUUAGAAACGAAACUAUGCAGUCGAUCGAAGGCUUGCAUUCGCCCCGCUUCAUUCUAGACGAGAAUGCUCUCCCCGUGGGCGCGAGUCUGCACGCUGCAGUCGCUAUGGCAUACUUGGAUGGCCAUGCUCGGAGCCAUUAGGUAUGCAGUCAUUUUCAGCUGAAUAACUAAAUAAAACCAGUGGUGUAAGUGUUGUUAAUACGCUUUUGCAAUUUGUGGAAGUUAGUUUUGCAUUUGAACGUGAUUAUCUUUUCAUAAUUGAAAGAAAUGUUGAUGA